CAAGAAAGGCAUCAGUUUGUGGCUUAGCCACUUGAGCAGAACUUAAUCCCAAUUGCGAGCAAAAUAACCAAGAUGAAGGCAACCAUUGCAUGCGCCAUUGCGAGCAUCCUGCUCAUUAGCUUGACCGAUCUGGCCACUGGAUCGGCGUGUGGAUGCACCGAGCCAACAACAACCACGACAAAAGAGAGUGGGUGUGGAUGCCCCGAGCCAAAAACAACAACCACAUGCCAGCCACCAAAACCGCCGAGCACGACCACCACGACAAGAGCAUCGACAACAAGCACGACAAGAGCACCGCCAUGCACGAGCACCACGACAAUAGCAACGACAAAAGCAACGACAAAACGCCCGACAAAGGCCACCACCACUAAGAAGCCCUGUGAGCCACCAACCAAAAAGACAACCACGACAACCACUAAGAAGCCCUGUGAACCACCAACCAAAAAGCCAACCACGACAACCACUAAGAAGCCCUGUGAGCCACCAACCAAAAAGACAACCACGACAACCACUAAGAAGCCCUGUGAACCACCAACCAAAAAGCCAACCACGACAACCACUAAGAAGCCCUGUGAACCACCAACCAAAAAGCCAACCAAGACAACCACUAAGAAGCCCUGUGAACCACCAACCAAAAAGCCAACCAAAAAGCCAACCAAAAAGCCAACCAAAAAGCCAACCAAAAAGCCAACCAAAAAACCAACCAAAAAGCCAACCAGCAAGCCAACCAGCAAGCCAACCAGCAAGCCAACCACCAAGCCCCCAACCAAUCCUUGCGGCUUGUGCGGUCCCGGUGGUUCUGCCUGCCAGGGAUGCAAAGAGAGGGACGGUCUCUGCCAGGAGCUGCUUAACACCGUGCGCAAUCUCGAGAAAAUGAUCCGCCAGUGCGUGUGCGGACAGCCUACAUGGCAACUGUAAGAGCCAGCCACUAUACUGAUCCUGAUCCCGCUCCCGCUCCGAACUGCCCCCAUCUGCCAACCCUUAUCUGUUGAUCUAACCCAGACUGAGCAUGGACUAUGAUUUCGCAUUUGUUUAGUUAAGUUAAGUUAAGUUCGGUUUUGUUUUGUUAGCCACAAUUUGGUGUCUGUUGAAUUUGUUACCAUUGUUAAAUUACUUAAUAUAUAUUCUGUAAAUAAAGCGGGGCGAAAGAAAGCCGGACCAUCCGUCGCUUUCGUCUCCGUUAAUUGUUUCUGCAAAUA